AUGAGCAGUAAGCAUUGCAGCUACGCAUUUCAUUCCCCACCUAGCUUUUUGGCAGCCUUGGAUGCCUCGCUGGCACUGGCUGAAUCUUCUGGUGAAACAACGAUCUUCUACCAAAAUGAUGGGAACUGGACGAACCAUGGCCAGAACCCCAGUGCAAUCUUCUUCAAUGUUGCGUCGAACCAUGAGACCGCGAAGGGCGUUUGUGCUUCUCACAACGAAACCCUCCUGAACUGCCACCAGUUCUCUGAGCUCAAUGAGCAGUUCUCAUACCAGAGAUACCUAGGAAAUCUGGAUGCGAAUCAACUACCUUGGUCAUCUUGCUCAUCGACCAAACCAAGCAACCAAAAUGGUAUUUUGCCGAAAGCUGGGAAGAGCUUCAAACAUCUCUUCCUGUGUACAAACAAUGUCCCGUUGGUCAAAGACGUGUACACAGACUUCUCUGGCUUUCCACGUGCCAGCACAACUGCUAAUGGAACUUCCUUCGAGGGCCUACGAGACCACAUGGCAUUCAGCCCCCCCGUCAAGGAUCUGCGAUUCAAGUAUGCCGAGAAUUGGGAAGGAACCCAUGUUCAAGCCACAAACUACAGCAAUGGAUGCCUCCAAUACGGCUGGUUUGAAGGAGAUGGUUAUGGGCUCAAUCCGUGGGGAGAUAGCGAAGACUGCCUCUAUCUGAAUGUCUAUACGAGUACAAUCCCAGAUUCGCCAUCUGAUGACUCCAAACUCAAACCGGUAAUGUUCUGGUUCUAUGGAGGUGGCCAAACCACUGGAACUGCGUCUGAUUCGACAUUCGAUGGUGCUAGUAUCCUGAGUCGCGGUGAUGUGGUAGUAGUCACGGCCAAUUAUCGAUUGAACAUCUUCGGAUACAUGGGUCUGAAUGACUCGGUUAUCCCUGGCAAUUAUGCUCUGACCGAUAAGAUUGCGGCUCUCGAUAUAUUCGCGGAUUUGGUGGCAACCCCAAACAAUGUCACCAUCUUCGGCCAAUCUGCUGGAGGAGGCUCCGGCAUUGACUUGGUCACCUCACCGAAAGCUUCGGGUCUAUUCUCAGGAGCUAUUCAGCAGUCUGCUGGCCGUGGUCACGACACAGUCCCAGACACUGCAGCAGCAUUGAUUCUUCCAUAUAUUGACAAGUACUGUCACGGUGUCAAUGGAACUGGCGAAGCACGUCUCAAGUGUCUCCAAGACCUUCCAGCCCAGACACUUCUCAACAUCACUUACAGCGAAGUUACUAGUUGGCAAACCCUAGUUGAAGGCAUAUAUAUGCCUGACAUUCCCAUGUCCCAAGUGGCCAAGGGAAAAUCUUACAUCAACCCUGUCAAGCUGAUGAGCACAUUCAUGCCAGAGGAGGCCCAAUCGCUGCUCAAGACGCUAUUGGCACCAAACAUGUCUAACUUCACCGCCAAUCUAUGGACAUUGGAAGAAAGUGGACAGAUCAGUGCCAAGCAGGUAUCGGAGAUCCUUACGUCCAAUCUUUGGCUCGUUACCAACGAGACCAUCCCCAACAACGGCAGCACCACAUACCCCAAUGUAUACAAUGCCAGUAUCAACGUGGCAACCGACGCACAAUUGGCCUGUCUCUGUGGGCAAUAUGCUGCUCUUGGAACCUUUGUUGCAGCAUUUGAUCCCGUCUGGGUCGGCGUGCACCGGAGAGGCUACGGUCUUAGCUACUAUGAUUAUUACGACCUCUGCACUUUCCCAGUUGGGAAACCAGAGACUCCUUACUACCUGUGCCACUGCAGUGAUCUUUAUGAGAUCUUUGGCACUUAUUAUCUGUUCGAUCUACCAGUUAGAGUUCCUGAGGAUAUUUUCUAUACCAAUGCAGUCCAGGACAUGUGGAAGUCGUUUGCGCGAACGGGUGACCCGAAUGUCAACAAGAAGUAUUUGAAAGCGCGAGGCUACAAUACUACGAACAAGUUCUUUGAAAACUGGGAAUGGCCUCAGUCAGGGUAUAUAACUCUUCCGAGUCUCAGACAUUGCAAGGUGAUUGUUCCGGAUUUGACCCUGUAA